GGGAAUUGUUGAUUGAUUGGAGAAUAGGACAAUUAAAACCCUCCGUUUUCUGUCCAAUGAGAACUGAGGAAUUCGGGAAUAGGGCGGGAAUAAGAUGACUGUCGUUAGGGUCGCCCUAUGGGGAGGCGAGUUGUAGGCGGCGGGGCGUGGUCUCCGGCUGACAGGAGCCUUGUUCUUUUACACACUGCGUGCUGUCGCGGCUCUUCCGGGUCUCUGUCUGUGUAGCCCUCAGUAACGUGCAGAGCUGGGACAUGGCCCCAGAGACUCCACUGGCCGGGCUCCCUGUGCCCUGCGCCGGCUUCUUCUGGUAUCUGGGUGUGGUAGCGGCCGCCUGGUGGGGUGUCAGGGCCGCAUGGCGCUUGCUGAGUGGCGCUCGGGUCUGGGUGCUGGGGAGUGGAGCGCAGGUGGGCCCGAGGAUCGGGAGAUGGGCAGUUGUCACCGGAGCCACUGAUGGAAUUGGAAAAGCAUAUGCAGAGGAGCUGGCCAGACGUGGAAUGAGCGUUGUCCUGAUCAGCAGGACCCAGGAAAAGCUGGAAGAAGUCUCCAAGCAUAUCAUUGCCCGGGAUGCUGGAGAGAUCCAAGGGUGUCAUCCUGAAUAUCUCCUCUGCUAGCGGCAUGUACCCUGUCCCGCUUCUUACUGUGUAUUCUGCUACUAAGGCUUUUGUGGAUUUCUUCUCGCGGGGUCUGCACGCAGAGUACAAGAGUAAGGGCGUCACCGUGCAGAGUGUCCUCCCAUUCUAUGUUGCCACCAAGAUGAGCAAAAUCCGCAAACCGACAUGGGAUAAGCCCAGCCCAGAAACCUAUGUGAGGUCAGCCCUGAAUACUGUUGGCUUACAGACCCAGACUAAUGGCUGCCUCCCCCACGCCAUCAUGGGCUGGGUGACCGGGUCUCUGCUCCCUUCCUUCAUCUCUACGAAGAUGACCAUGAACAUGAACAAAGGUUUUCGUGCCCGUUUCCUGAAGAGAGCCAAGAAGAAUUAGAGCCGUCCGCUCCUCUCCGAUCAUCACUUCUACCAAAUCUAUAGAUCUUCAGGUCUUUACCUCGAUGAAUGUAACAUGAAGACCCAGUGAUCAGACCCUCAUACUAACUCCUCUCGCUGCAGCUCACAGCUCCAGUGGGUUUUACCCCCUUUUUUUCUUUUAAUCUACUUUUCUCACCAUAGGCCUUGAAUAUUCUGGUUUCUUUGCGCCGGGUGCACAGUUUCUUCCACUGUAGAGACCAAUGAAUCCUGCAGAAUGCAAAAUCAUGUUCAUCUUUAGUAAAUACAUAAACCUAUUACUCCACCCUAUUCCCAGGCCAGUGGUCACCCCAGUACCACUAGCUUAAAUUAGAUAUGCAGCCAUAACAACUUGUAGGGGAUAAGUGUUUGAUCGCCGGGGGGGGUCUGGGGGUCCGACCGCUGGGAACCCUGCGAUCUCCUGCAUUGGGCCCCAGCUCUGCCGUGCAGGAGGUGUGCCGGCCGCAGCAUGACGCCACAGCAAACACGUCUCCUCCAUCUAGUUCUAUGGGAGAGGCGGGGAAGCAGUGUUUGUGCCUCCCCGUCUCUCCCACAGAGCUGUAUGUGGAGGGGAUGUGCCGUUGACCUUGGUGAGGUCGACGUUACGCGCAUUAGCCGCUUUAACACAGCGGUAUUUUGGGGCCUGUUUGGGAGAUCGCGGGGGGUCCCAGUGGUCGGACCCCCCGCGAUCAAACACUUAUUCCGUUGUUAUGGCUGCAGUUGUUCUUUAAGGGUGAGUUCACACUGUGUGCUCAGAAAAAUACCAGGCAGAGCAUCUAAGUGCAGCAGGCGGCACCACUGGCACCAUGACUGUGCGGACAUGCACCGUCCCCGUUGACCUGUUCAUGUACAUGUUCAUUUAAAAAAAAUUGGGUGGAAAUUCAGCAGCAGAAUCUCGAAGACAGCAAUGUCAGGCUGCUGAUUCCAUCCGGAAAUUUUGGCCAGAAAUUCUCAGUGUCAACUGGCCUUUACUGUAUGCAUGAGACUCAGCCUUAAAGGGGUACUCCGCCCCUAGACAUCUCAUCCCAUAGGGUUCGGGUCCCAUAGGUUGUCAUGCCAAGCCCCCUCCAUUAAUGUCUAUGGGAGGGAGAGGCGUGGCAGCUAGUACAUAGCGUCACACCUCCUCCCAUACACAUGAAUGGAGGGGGCGUGACAGCUGUGGUCGCCAGUCCUCCGGCAUGGAGCAGAGUUCUCUCCGUGCACCCGAUGACUGGGGGGGCCACGCGGGAGAUCGCGGACAACCGCGAUCAGACAUCUUAUUGCCUAUCCAAAGGAGAAGAUGUUUAGUGGCGGAGUAUCCCUUUAAAGCUAAAGCACAACCAUGAUCCCUUUAACUACUCGAGAUGCUACCAAAGCACUAAUGAGAUUAAGUAAAUUCACAUAUAUAUAUAUAUAAAUUUUCAAAGGAUUUUGUCCAAUGACAUUCUAUUAAUUCCUUAACUCCUAAUAUUUACGUCCUGCACCGGCUCCCGCUUCAUAUCUGGUCAGUCCCGGCGGCCGUCACAGGCCGGGACCCGUGGCUAAUACCGGACGUCACCGAUCGCGGUGAUGCCCGGUAUUAACCCUUCAGACGCGGCGAUCAAAGUUGACUUCCGCGUCUGAAGUGAAACCGAAAGCAUCCCGGCAGCUGUCGCUGCAAAGUAAAAAUGGUGGCGCAAAAAAUAAGCCAUAGUAUGGAUUUUUAGGUGGAAAAUUGUAAAGGGUUAUGAUUUUUAAAAGGUGAGGAGGAAAAAACGAAAAUGCAAAAACUGAAAAACGCUGAGUCCUUAAAGGGUUAAACUAGACCAGUGUUUCCCAAUCUGGGAUCCUCCAGCUGUUGCAGAACUAGAACUCCCAGCAUGCCCGGACAGCCAAAGGCUGUCCGGGAAUGCUGGGAGUUGUAGUUUUGCAACAGCUAGAGGAACCCAGAUUGGGAAACACUGGCCUUAAAGGGGUAUUCCAGGAAAAAACUUUUUUUUUCAUAAAUCAAAUGGCUCCAGAAAGUUAAACAGAUUUGUAAAUUACUUCUAUUAAAAAAAUCUUAAUCCUUCCAAUAAUGAUCAGCUGCUGAAGUUGAGUUGUUCUUUUCUGUCUGGCAACAGUGCUCUCUGCUGACAUCUCUGCUUGUCUCGGGAACUGCACAGAGUAGAAGAGGUUUGCCAUGGGGAUUUGCUUCUACUUUGGACAGUUCCCGAGACAGGUGUCAUCAGAGAGCACUUAGACAGAAAUGAACAACUCAACUUCAUCAGCUCAUAAGUACUGAAAGGAUUAAGCUUUUUUAAUAGAAGUAAAUUUACAAAUCUGUUUAACUUUCUGGAGCCAGUUGAGAGAUGAGAGAUAGAGAUGAGAGAGAGAUGAGAGAGAGAGAUAUAUAUUUAUUAUUAUAAAAAAAAAUUUUUUUCCUGGAUAACCCCUUUAACUCUCAUACUCUGCGCUUACUAUUUUCUUCCCCUUUCCUAUAUAAUGGGGCGACGUUCUGUCAGUAUUAUUCAUGAUUUGAAAAUAAAUCAGCAGCAGGGGGGCAAGUCAUUUGGAAGUGUGUGUGUGGAUGCAAUACAUCUUUCUUUAGUGUAUAAGGGUACGUUCAUACGGGCAGAUUUCCUGCUGCAUAUUCUUCUCGGCUGUCCGCAGCAGAUUUUCUGCUGCGUAAAAUCCGCUGCAAGUCCCAUUGAAAUCAGUAGGGUCUGCGGCGGAUUUUUUGCAGCGUAAAAUCUGCUGCAGACAGCCGAGAAGAGCCCGUCCCCUUUCAAAUACGCAGCGGCAAACAAGAGCUGGAGGCUUACUGGUUAAAGGAGUUAUCCAGAAAUAGAAAAUCGGACAUACAUUUUCUAUUUUAUUUUAUUUUUUUUAAAUGCUCCCCGUCUGUCUCCAGGUUGGGUGUGGUAUUACAACUUGGCUCCCUUUUACUUCAAUGGAACUGAGCGGCAGAACCACAUCCAACCUGGAGACAGACAGGGAGCAUUUUUUUUUAAAAGAAAUAAGCUCUGUUUUUGUAUUCCUGGAUAACCCCUUUAAGAAACACUGGGUUAGGACUUACUUUAUCUAGCUGCCUGGAUAGCACUGGAGCGGGGGCAUUUAGUGGGGACAGUUGUGGCCGAUGUCUCUUUAAAUCAAAGCAUUACCCAUCAUCCUUGCAUAAGCAUCUUUUGAGUAUAAAUAAGAGCUGGCAUUAUGGGACUUAUAGUUCUAUUCCUGCUGUAAGGCCACCGUCCUAUUGUUGCUGACCUUAGGCGACCCUCACAGUAGGAUCCCGACUAUUGUUUGCACUAGACAAGACUAAAAUCGUCGUAUCGAGAAUGUUUGUUUGUUAAGACUUUGGUGAGAUUUAGUUUUUAUACUAAUAAAGGUAAUUGUGGGCAAUA